AACGCGCGGCCAGUGGGCGCCGUGGAGAGAGAUCUCUAUGGUGGGCGCUCCAUUAAAACCGUUGGCGCUCCUGACCUUGGCGUCGUGUAUGCGCAAAGCCUGCAAGCAGCGCAGCCUGUGCAAAGCAGGAGAUGUGUGAUGUGAGGAGAGAUUUGAUGUAGGCUCUCUGAUACAGGGAACCGGAGGAGCCCGUUCACUGGUGGCCAUUGUCUCAUCGCCGAACCGAGGGGGGGAAAGCAAUGGAGGACAUCCACAGAUGGAACGUCUAACAGCGUCUGGAAAAGCAGAUCGGUGCAUUCUGCACUGAAAGCAAGAAGCUGGUGGUCCAUUCGUGGCAGAGUGAGGGAUGUCUGUGUGACGAGCUCAGUGCAAAGGGCCCGAGCGGACAAGCCAGUGACACACACACACACACACACACACACACACACACCAUGUGGCUGGCUACGUUUAAAGACCAUCUGUUGCCUGCGCACCUGCUACACCAGCAAAGGACUGUUACCAUCACCCACUGUGCUCUUCUCUGGUGGAUAUUAUGCUCAUGCUGGUCAUUUACCAAGGCUACAAGCCAAAAGUUCUACCCGACGGUCACCACCCAGUUUGGGAAACUGAGAGGUCUGAGGGUCCCCGUGCCCAGUGAAGUGCUCAGGCCCGUGGACCAGUAUCUGGGGGUCCCCUACGCCGCACCUCCGGUGGGAGAAAAGCGUUUCAUGCCCCCAGAUCAGCCCUCCUCUUGGUCGGGUAUCAAGAAUGCCACCCACUUCAUGCCAGUGUGUCCCCAGAACAUCCACAGCACUGUGCCAGAGAUAAUGAUGCCCAUAUGGUUCACCUACAACCUGGACACAGUCGCCUCGUACAUUCAAGAUCAGAGCGAGGACUGUUUAUAUCUAAACAUCUACGCUCCGACGGAGGACGGGAGCCAACACAAGAAAAAGGGGGCAUCUUUUUCCCACACUGAGACUCAUAUAUCGGAAGAUAUAAGGGACUCAGAAGCUCGACCUGUGAUGGUAUACAUCCACGGAGGCUCCUAUAUGGAAGGCACUGGGAACAUGAUGGAUGGCAGCGUGCUCGCCAGUUAUGGGAACGUCGUUGUCGUCACGCUCAACUACAGAAUUGGAAUAUUAGGCUUCCUCAGCACUGGAGACCAGGCUGCAAAGGGAAACUAUGGACUCCUAGACCAGAUUCAAGCUCUCCGCUGGAUCAGUAAGAACAUCGGAUACUUUGGAGGGGACCCGGGGCGCAUCACUGUUUUUGGGUCUGGAAUUGGGGCUUCCUGCGUAAGCCUCCUCACACUAUCCCACCACUCAGAAGGUUUGUUCCACAGAGCCAUCAUUCAAAGCGGUUCAGCGCUGUCCAGCUGGGCUGUCAACUACCAGCCAGUCAAGUACACUCGCAUGCUGGCCGAGAGGGUGGGGUGCAACGUGUUAGACACCGUGGACAUGGUCUCCUGUCUGCAGAAGAAGACGGCCAAGGAGCUGGUGGAGCAAGACAUCCAGCCCGCCCAGUACCGCGUGGCUUUCGGCCCUGUGAUCGAUGGAGACGUCAUCCCUGAUGACCCGGAGAUCCUGAUGGAGCAGGGAGAAUUCCUUAACUAUGACAUCAUGCUUGGUGUCAAUCAGGGUGAGGGACUGCGCUUUGUGGAGAACGUGAUGGACCUUGAGGAUGGCGUGUCCGGAAGCGACUUUGACUUUGUCGUGUCCGACUUUGUGGACAGCUUGUACGGCUACCCUGAAGGGAAGGACACGCUAAGGGAGACAAUUAAAUUCAUGUACACAGACUGGGCUGAUAAGGACAAUCCAGAAACAAGGAGGAAGACCUUGGUGGCCCUGUUCACGGACCACCAAUGGGUGGAACCGUCGGUGGUGACGGCAGACCUGCACGCCCGCUACGGGUCCCCCACAUACUUUUACGCCUUCUACCACCACUGCCAGAGCCUCAUGAAGCCUGUGUGGUCCGAUUCAGCGCACGGAGAUGAGGUGCCUUACGUGUUUGGCAUCCCCAUGGUUGGCCCAACUGACUUGUUCCCCUGCAACUUCUCCAGGAACGACAUCAUGCUCAGUGCCGUGGUUAUGACUUACUGGACCAACUUCGCUAAGAGUGGGGAUCCCAACAAGCCCGUCCCCCAGGACACCAAGUUCAUUCACACCAAAGCCAACCGCUUCGAGGAGGUGGCCUGGUCCAAGUACGACCCCUACGACCAGCUCUACCUGCACAUCGGCCUCAAGCCUCGCAUCCGUGAUCACUACCGCGCCACCAAGGUGGCCUUCUGGAAACACCUGGUUCCGCAUCUCUACAACCUCCACGACAUGUUCCAUUACUCGUCCACCACCACCAAGGUCACGCCGCUGGAUCCCACUCAGUCCACCGGCAAAAGAUCCGGCGGCACGGGCAGGCCUCCUCUGUCCACGGGCCAAAAUAGUGAUGAGAGCGGGCGAGAGAUGGGUCCUCUGAUCAUGCCCAACCCCAGAGAUUACUCCACCGAGCUCAGCGUCACCAUUGCCGUCGGGGCUUCUCUGCUCUUCCUCAACGUGCUGGCCUUCGCCGCUCUCUACUACCGCAAAGACAAACGCAGCCGCCAGGAAACGUCCCAGCAGCCCAGCCCUCAGCGCGACAGCAAAGGAAACAACGUGAGCCAUGCCGCCACUGUGGACGAGACCCUGUCCAGGAACCAGUGCGAGGCCCUCCACAAUCCUAUCCACGUGUCUCCCACCUUGGACUACUCUCUCAGCCAGCGCCGCUCUCCUGACGACAUCCCGCUGAUGACGCCCAACAAUAUCACCAUGAUCCCCAACUCGCUGAUGGGCCUCUCCAACAUGAGCCCAUAUAGCACCUUCCCAGCUGGCUACAGCUCUGCAGGCCUGCCCAGCACCCACUCCACCACGCGGGUUUAAAACCCUGUCACGUACACAAAAACACAGAAAUGUACAGCUGUAUUUAAGAUGUUUAGAUGAAAUAGGAAUGUUUGUUUUUCUUCUACAAGCAACUUUCCAGCAUCCUGCCUUUGCUCUGUCAUAACAGGAAGUCUUAGAAGGGGAGUCAUUUUUAUGUUGGACGACGGCAGGAAAAAAGAAAAAAAAAUCUAUCAUUUCCCACCUCGGCUUUUUUGGAACUUUACCUGGAAUGAACUAAUGAUCAUGUUUAUACGGUUGGAUUUGUAUGGGAAGCGCUUUCUUAAUGUCUAUUUUGAUCAAGUGGAGUUACUGGAUGUCACAACUCAUCACGGGGAUGUGAUGUGCGGAGAAAAAGCAGUAUUAUCAAGCUAUUUUAUACAUAUUUCUCAUUGCUUCUUAUGAAAAUGUAUUUUUACUGCAGUUCCUUUACAACACCUUCACUUAAUGAAACUGUACUGGAGUACAGGUCCACAUGAGCAAGAGUACCUCCAAACGACAUGACAAUUUAUAUUAGGGCACCCAUGCAGGGUGGCGAGUAGGUGUGCUACAAAAAUGUAAAUUAGGCAUUCUUAUAAAAAAAAAAAAAGUGUUUUGCAUAUGUAGUGGUGUGUAAUUUAUUGUAGUCUAUCUGAAUAUCUUUGCUACCUUUUUCCUUUCAAGUACUUGUUCCUUUGCUUAAUACAUGGCAAGAAUAUAACCUCUGCUUCACGAGAAAAACUCUUUAGGCUUGAAAUGUGUUUUCUCACUCUAACAAAAUCCUAAUUCUUUUGCUUGUUUGUACAGAAUAACAUUUUAUUGUUAUUUCUUAUGAAUAUUUUAAACUCGACACGAGAAGAUACCUGUAAUUACAUUGUAAUUGUAUGUAUCCCAACGCAGUUGCUGGCAUUAAAAAUGCGGUUUCGGAAAAGAUACGUGUCACUGCUUUUCGAAGUGGUUUGGACUUCGGGCAUAACGACAUCAGUCCCGGGUUCUCUUUUUUCUUUCUCAAGGACAUGAUGGACUUUAGGCUUUCAGUUCUUUCAACCAGUCAUAAUGUGAUUUAACCUAUUAAACGAUUUUUCCAACUAAAGAUGAGUCUU